AUGUGUCACCAAUUUAUGAAGAAACCUCUGGGCUAUGUACAGUGGUAUCUGACGAAUAAUCGGUUUGCGCUUAGUUUCACUGCAUUGUAUUUUUUCUGUCUGCUUUUCGUGAUUCAAUGGUUCCGAGAGAAUGCGCGCACCUUGUGGCGUCGAAUGAAUAUUAUUAUCACGCUGAUGAAGGAAAGGAAACGUUUAAAAAAAGAAAUGGAAGCGUCCAAACAGGAGGAUGGUUUUCAAACAGUCGAUAACUAUGCGGCAGCUGCAUUUCGAGCAUACACUGGUCUACUUGAUAUCUAUGACGAAGGAACAAAUGUUCCAAUUCCCGUAACCUUAAAUGACUUUGAGAUGGUUCGUUUUGUAUGCGAAUCGGAUUGGGUGAAAUGUGAGACAAACCAGCGGUUGGAAUAUGCAACUCAAACCGUCGGUCGAGAAUUUCCACUAGUAUAUCCAGCUGGCGAAACGUUUUCUGAAGAAGUGCAUCAACUCAUCGACCACAAAAUGACCGAUGAGGAGGCGACCGAGUUGGGCCCGGCAACUCAGAAGCGACAGAGUAUUUGGAUUGGACGACAUCCGGCAUCCAAACGAGGACCCAGAAAGCGAUUCAAGUCGAUGCAUAGAACCACCAUGAUACAGGAGGGACUGUUUGAACCGAUUGAUGAUAGUUACCUGGAUGAGCUCAAAACCAGAGGCAUACGAGAUCCGUACGACAACUUGCGGUGGCGACACAAGUAUUUUGAGGAUCCCAACAAACCGAAGAAUUCAUCGCAAGACUCAAAUCAGGAGGCGAAAAAACCACUUAGUGAAGAAGAGGCGAAACGUUUGACCGAGUUAACUGGGUGGACUCAGGAGUAUCGAAGACGGGUGAAGAAAGCAGCGGAAGAGCUGGAAAAUUCAACUCAAAUGAUUCUGUGUCAUUCUCCAGAGAAAAAGCCGAAACCGGAUGCAGCUGCACAAAAACUGGACAAGAAAACACAUCCUGCUGAGAAGGAAGAAACAGAACAAAAUGAAGAGGAUAGUUUGGCCAGCUUUCGGGCUACUCCACACUACUUUUCCUUCGAAGAUUUUCCUCCACUUGCACAAGAUAUACCGGAUAGGAGUCGAGUCCCUUCGCCCAUCGGAAGAAGGCCAUUUCAAAGCUUUGUUUCCAAGAAUCGUAAUCAGCAACGAGAUAACAAUGAAUCCAAUCGAAUCCAACGGCAGGAACUCUUCAGUUAUUUUUCGCAUCUCCUUAAAGUGUCUGUAAAAUUUACAAAAGAAUGGUUUUCAGCCAGAGGUGAAGUAAAAAAGCGGCGCAAACGAGGUUUGCCAACCUAUCCGGAUAUCUAUGCGCAAGUUAUCUACCGUGCGCUAAAUCAUUUCUACAAAAUUCAUGAUGAGACACAACCGAAUCCCAUACCAGAAUCAUCGAUCGACUAUGAGGCUAUUCGAUUUGCGCUUGAAGCUGCUUGGACCACCGCUCCAAGUAUACGAGCACUGCUUGAAGCGGACCCAUUUCUAGAUCCUGAAGACGAACCGAUCGAAGGUGCGAUAGAGGAUGAGGAACUGGAAUCUAUGAUACAGAAAACCAUGACAUAUUUGAGAGAAAGCGUGCGAGGAUCUGAGGAACAAUCCGAGGAGUCAGAAACCAGCGAACGUGAAGAAAACUCCAGUUGGAGCGAGUCUGGUGACAGGACAUUGAGCAGAUCGGAAGGAACCAGUCCAAGUAGCGAAGAUCAUCCACAAACUCGGAGGGGUUUAACGAUCGAACAAACAGAACUUGAGACAAUAUACGAAGUGGAUAAUUAUGACACGCUGGAUGUUGGGGAUUACGACUACGAUAGUGUGAGAGUCUAUCGUUCAAGUCGUAUCCAGACAGAGUUGAAACUGACACAAUAUCGAUUGGCCUUGUUGGGCAUUCUUCUCGGCUGUGACUACUGGCCGUCUGGCGUUUCUGGGUUGGGUAGUACAGGAAUCGGUCGAAUUCUGGAAUCAGUUCGGUGUUUGACAGACGAGGAGUUGAUGAAGUCAGUCGUGUGGCUUGUCACACACAAGCCAUCGACUGCGAAUGCACUGCAACAGGAAGUACCAUUUCGACAUAUGGACAAAAAAGUUCUGCGAUUGUGGCUGAAAAUCGGACAUUCUUUAUCAGCUUGCCCAGUGAAUGAUGUACGUUACGAGUCCGGUUGUACGAUAUAA